AUGACGCACUACGUGCUUGGGGAUAAGUUGGACGUGCACACGGGUAGAGUGGACUUCCGGUUUCCACACCACAAUAACGAGAUCGCGCAGUGUGAAGCGCAUACUUACAGCUGUGGACACGACGGAGAGUGGUGCAAACACUUCGUGCAUUUCGGACACUUGUACAUUCGUGGACGGAAGAUGUCGAAGUCGCUCAAGAACUUCAUUGGAGUGAAGGACUUCUCGGAGGAUGGACACUCUGCAGACGCUCGUCGUCUUUAUCGCGCAAGAAACUUAGUGUACUCUGAGGAUCGGAUUCGGGAUGCCGAAGCAAUUGUUGAUCGACUUCGAGGUUUCUUCCGAAGUGUCAUGGUAUACGGCAAUGACUAUACUAUUUCUAGCUGUAAUGCUGUUUUGCUUUUGGGACUUGAGUCAAAGCGUUGCGAGAAAGAAGACUUUCAAGUGUUGGAUGCACUUUUCACGACCCGAGUGCACGUAGAUGAAUUUCUGCUUGACGAUGGAGACACGCCGCGUGCAUUAUCACUUGUAGUGGAGCUAGUAUCACGACUGCAUACCGAGUUUUCAGCCAGAAUGCGCCGUCGGAUCGCAACUCCACACAAGAAGCGGUUGAACCAAAGUGACGGUAUGUUUCGUUGGGAAGAGCAGGAGACUUUGCUCCAUGCGUUGCUCAGAUUUUACACCUCAGUGCGAGAAGAAGCUUUGCGUGAUCCCAAGCAGUCGGACCUGGCACCGGGGCAGUCCGUGGUCAAGUUCCUCGCACUGGCUGAACGUGAGGCAGCUCUAGAGGAUAUCGAUUAG